GGGACAAACAGAAACGAGAUGAUGAAGAUAAAGGCCCAACAAAUGAAAUGAAAUAUUUAUUGGCAACAGGAAAAAAGAGAAAGGGGAGAGGAGAGAAUCAGAAAGAAAUGCGAGGGGCCGAUGGCGGAAUAUAGGAUAGCAAGAUUGACUGCAUUCUUUUUGCUAACCAAAAAGCUUUUACCAGAGAUAUAAACCCACGCCCAUAGGAUACAUAGAUAGAUAGGAGGAUUCAAGAACGAACAAAAUCAAUACCAAUUACCAAAUGCCACAAAUUCCCUCAAUUUUCCACUAGAUUUUAUUCCCCAAAAAGAAUUAAAAAUCGCCGCUGGGUGCUUCUGGAUGUGGAUGUAAUUAUCUUUAAUUUCCAGCUUUGACGAUGAUCGAUUGCGUGAUUUAUGCUGUUCGGCGUUGAUUCAUCGGGUUCGGAUGCAUUCGGGCAAAUUUAUGGGUGCUGGGUUUAUGUAGUUUGGUUCUUCAGCAUUAUCUAUCUGUUAAGGAGUUUCUAUUGAUGUGAUAUGGUUGAAGAUGAACCUGCGAUGAUUUUAUUCAUUUGGCAGCACAUCAUUGUUCUAGAAGAUUGAUAUUAUGAUUACACAAUUGGAAAUGACUGAAAGAUCUGUGCAGGAAGGUUGAUCUUCUGACUCGAAAUUUGUGAGGUUAUUGUAAAGUUGAAGGAGAAAAUUGCAGGGCUCGAAAUGGGAUUACCUCAAGUCCCUCCUGGAAAGAUAUGUGAAGAAGUUUCUACAUCCACAAGUGCAAUAAUGCAAAUUCCGACACGGUUUGGGGAGGUACGGAGCUUUGGACUGAACGAGAUGAAUCUAAGUAAUGCUAACAAUCGAAUGCCGGGUGAAUUUUCAUGCCCUCCACCAGCAAAGGAGUCUGAAUUGAUAGGUUUGCACAAGGAUGGUGUAGUGAGCAUGCAUAAACUGAGGAUUAAUUCCAUCGACAAAAGUCGCAUGAUAUCUUAUCAUGCCAGAAAGGACAUUCAAUCUCCAGCUUCGAGGAUUGUAGGGUUUGAACCCUAUGUGGCAAUCAACCAUGCCAAUCACUAUGAGGACAAAAUAUCUGAUGACAGCAUUGUUCAUUUGUCUUGUGGAAAUGACGUGGCUUCUAACUCAAGCGAAACCUCAAGUUCAUUGGCGAGGAAACGACUAUUAUCUCCUCUAAACGGGAUGCUUUCAAAUGAUGAAUUUAGAGGUGAGCAUCUAGAAAUAGGAAGCACAUUCCAACGCCGUAAUCUCCACCUAGAAGGUAUUAGUGGCAGCAGUAUUUCAAAAGAGAAUAAAAAGGCUCACAUAGGAAACUUGGAGUACGAUAGUGCUUCUAUUUGGUCUGCGCCCAGAUAUUCAGGGAGCAACGAGGAAGGUUGUGGAACCAUAUCCAGAAUAGUCACAGAUGGGCCUUUACUUGAAAACUGUGAGCACAGAUUGUUGAAUUCUAGCUUACCUUGGAGUGGUAUUUGUUGCAAUGGAAGAGAUGAAUUACCUUCGCAACUUGAUGGGCUUCAGGAUGCAAUUAUCUCCCCGCCAUUUUCUCUAUCUCCUCUCGGGCCAAGAUUUUGUGGGAGGAUAAGAAAUUCAAGAGGAUCGGGAGAUUCCAAGAGAGAGUUCAAUGAUAGUUAUAUAACUUUUAAGGACGUGGAACAAUCUCUCGAAGGAACUAUUUCUGGGUAUCUGUCUUCUCCUAAAGUUGAGAAUAUAACAGAGGCCAGUAAAGGGUUUGAAGAUGAUGAAAAUUUCUUCAUGAACUUUGAGCAACUGACUCCUGAAAGUUGCAUAUCGACGCAAGGGCAGACAGUGCUAACAGCUCAAAAUGCUAAAGUGGGCAGAAGUUUAAGUGGCUUAUCUGUCCGAAGAUCUUUGGUCGGUUCAUUUGAGGAGUCAUUGCUGUCUGGUAGAUUAGCUUCAGGGAUAGUAAAUCAGAAAAUUGAUGGUUUCCUUGCUGUUCUGAAUAUCACUGGAGGAAAGUUUUCGCCUCAUCCACAAAAACUGCCAUUUUCUGUGACAAGUUUAGAUGGUGAUAAUUACUUAUUGUAUUACUCAUCCAUAGAUCUUUCCGGAAGUUUAUCAUCAAGCAAAUGUGAAGGUCCGAUGUUGAAAAGAAGCCUCAGUGCUAACAGCUCGUCUGAUGAAAAGUCCCGUCUGAGAAUACCAAUGAAGGGGCGAUUGCAAUUGGUCUUAAGUAAUCCCGAAAGAACACCGAUUCAUACAUUCUUCUGUAACUACGAUCUUAGCGACAUGCCAGUUGGUUCAAAGACAUUUCUGCGCCAAAGGGCAACUCUAGCUUCAGAUAGAGGAGGGCAGAAAGAUUCUGGUGCCGUAUUAGACAAUAGUUGCCGAAACAACAAUAGUAGUACGGACAACGCUCCUUUCCCCAUCUCCGGGAGUGGAGUAUGUAGCUCGUCGAAAAUCAACAAAAAUACGAACUCUGGCGCGCUCCGCUACGCCCUGCAUCUUCGUUUCAUCUGUCCCCACCGAAAAAAGUCCCCGAAAGCAGGUUUGAAGAGCCAAUCUGGUGGCCCGUCAUCUCUCCCUUCGAAAACUGGAAUCGACAGUGAAUCUGAUCGUCGAUUCUACUUGUACAAUGAUAUGAGAGUCGUAUUCCCUCAUCGCCAUUCCGAUUCUGAUGAGGGCAAGCUGCACGUGGAAUGCGACUACCCGUCGAAUCCGAAGUACUUCGACAUCUGCCUAUGAGAGGAGACAAUCACAUAUCAUAUAUAUAUAUAUAUAUGAGGUAGCUGCAGAUUUACUAAGUAAUUUGGUUCUAUCUUUCCUGUGUACAUAUAUAUAUAUAAUUAUAUAUAUCUGUGUGUGUGAUCUGUACAUUUAUUGUUGUGGUUGGUGUUAGAACAGCCCGGGCUCUUUGGACGCCAUGAAGGUUGUCUCACCCCAUCUCGUGUCGUGUUAUGUUAUGGUUAUGUUAAAUUGUUAAUAAACUGCAGCAGCAACUCGGGUUGCAGAAACUGUACAUUCCAUGUCUUAAGAAAAAGUAGCUUUCCAGCAUUGAAGUU